AACAUCAUUUAUUCAACUCUCGUACGUACGUACACACUCCAGUUCAGUUCAGUUGAGUCCAACAUCGUAAAUCCCUCCCCCUCCUCCUCCCAUCUACCCUCCUUCCCUCUAAUAAAUAACCCAUCCUCUUCCUACAGACACUGUAAUAAUGGAUCCAAAAGCCAAUGGCAGCAAUCUCCACCUGGUUAUGUUCCCAUUCUUCGCCUUCGGACACAUCUCCCCCUUCAUCCACCUCUCCAACUACCUCUCCCAUGGCCGCCGCCUCAAGAUCACCUUCUUCUCCGCCGCCCCAAUCGUCCCCCGAAUCCAACCCUUGCUCCAAAACUCCGACAUCGUCCCCCUCACCAUCCCCCCCGUCGACGGCCUCCCGCCGGACGCCGGCAGCACCGCCGAACUCACCCCCCUCCAGGCCGAGCUCCUCAAGGUCGCCCUCGACCGGAUGCAGCCGCAGAUCAGACAAAUCCUGUCGGAAUUAAAACCCCGCCCCGAUUUCGUCAUCUUCGAUUUCGCCCACGAAUGGCUCCCCAAAAUCGCCGCCGAUCUCGGAAUCAAGUCGUGCCUUUACUGCGUCUUCACCGCCUUGUCCAGUGCUUACCUCACCGUCCCCGCCAGGCGCCCAGAUCCCGCCACGUCUCCCUCUUUCGAGGACCUGAAGCUCCCGCCUCCCGGGUUCCCCGAGACCUCCGUCACCGGGGUCCGGACCUUCGAGGCCCGGGACUUCGAGUAUCUGUUCAGGAGCUUCUACGGCUCGCCCUGCGUGUACGACCGCAUCAUCGCCGGCAUGGCCGGCUGCUCGGCGCUUGUUAUUAAGACCUGCUACGAAAUGGAGGCGCCGUACAUCGACUACAUCAAGUCGCAGUUCAAAAAGCCGGUUCUGCUGACCGGUCCGCUCGUCCCGCCGCCGCCGGCCGGCGAGAUUCUCGACGAGAAAUGGGCGAAUUGGCUGUCGAAAUUCGAGACCAAAUCGGUGGUUUUCUGCUCGUUCGGGAGCGAGACGUUCCUCAACGACGAUCAGAUCAGGGAAUUGACAUUAGGGCUUGAGCUCACCGGCCUCCCGUUCCUGCUGAUUCUGAACUUCCCCUCCGGCGCGGCGGCGGCGCUGGAGAGGGCGCUGCCGGAGGGGUUUCUGGGGAGGGUGGAAGGGAGAGGCGCGGUGUCGACGGGGUGGGUGCAGCAGCGGCAGAUCCUGGCCCACCCGAGCGUGGGGUGCUAUUUCUGCCAUGGCGGGUUCAGCUCGGUGUUGGAGGCCAUAACCAGCGACUGCCAGGUGGUGCUGCUGCCGCAGAAGGGGGACCAGUACUUGAACAGCCGGCUGGUGGCCGGCGAUUGGGGGGCGGCAGUGGAGGUGCGGCGGAGGGAUGAGGACGGGGGUUUCGGGAGGGAGGAUGUGCGGGGGGCGGUGGAGAGUUUGAUGGUUAGGGUUUGGGAGAAUCCGGUGGGGAAAGGGGUGAGGGAGAAUCAGAGGAAAUGGAAGGAGGUGCUGGCGGAGGACGGGGAGGGUGGUUUUCAGGACGCUUUGCUGACGGACUUCGUCGACCAGUUGGAGGGGAUACUCCUUAAUUCGUAAUUACUAUUAUUGUGUUAAUUUAAUGACGUCAUCAUGCAUGUCAUUUUAAUGAAUUUGAUGUUCGAUAAUAAUGCAUGGAUCCUUAAUUGCCAGUGUUGUCGUAGGCUACUAUAAUUGUUAUUUUUCAAGGGCUGGUACCAAAAAUUGGGCACUUUUUUAUUAGCAAUCGGUCCGCUUACACACACAUAUAUAUAUAUAUAUAUUAUGCAAGUAUACAUACACAUACAAUAUAUACAACCUGUAUAUAUAUAUAUAUGCAUAUAUACAUACAUAUACAUACGUGUACGUAUA